AUGGUCAGAAGGAGGGGUCCGAUCAUUCUGCAGGAUAACGCACGGCCCCAUGCUGCAAAGAAGACCGUGGCAAAAUUCAGGGAACUGGGAUACGAAGUCUUGGAGCACCCUCCUUAUUCUCCAGACUUGGCUCCAACGGACUUUCACCUUUUUAAACACUUGUCUUUGUUUCUUAAUGGAAGAAUCUUCAAAACUCCAGACGAUGCCAAGAAUGCCUUCAAGAACUUCAUCAACUCCAGAAACCCGGAAUUCUACAAUCGUGGAAUAGAAAAGCUUGUAAAUCGUUGGCAAGACUGUAUUGAUUCAGACGGUAAUUACUUUGAUUGA